UGCUUUUUUCGUCCUUCUCUCUUGCCUCGAUAAUUCGAUUCUUCCGAUGACGAAAGCCACUCCUUCAGACAAGAACAAGGCUCUCGCCGCCAAGAAGGCUGCCUUGAAGGGCGUGAACGGUCAGAAGGCUCGUAAGAUUCGCACUUCGACCACCUUUAACCGCCCCAAGACCCUCAAACUUGAUCGCAAGCCCAAGUAUGUCCGCAAGUCUGUUCCUCACGCUCCUCGUUUGGACCAGUACAAGGUCUUGAAGGCUCCUCUUAAUACCGAGUCGGCAAUGAAGAAGAUUGAAGAGAAUAACACACUCGUCUUCCUCGUUGAUGUCAAGGCCAACAAGCGUCAAAUCAAGGAAUCCUUGAAGAAGAUGUAUGAUGUUACCGCCCUCAAGGUCAACACUCUUAUCCGCCCUGAUGGUAACAAGAAGGCUUACAUCAAGCUUACUGCCGAUGUCGAUGCUCUCGAUGUUGCCAACAAGAUUGGCUUCAUUUAAACGCCUCUUCCAUUUUUUUUUUUAAAAAAAAAAAAUAAACAAAUAGAUAGCGCAGGUG